UUUAACAUCUUUCUCUCUCUCUAAACAUAACUAUACUUUUUUAAUUUUACUAUGCCUUCUAGAUCAGUACUUCUCAGCGAGGCCUUCAAGUCUCACCCCGUCCAUCUCCACCACAAACACGCCGACUUCAGCUCACUGCAGGAGUUGCCGGAUUCCUAUGCAUGGAAUCAACCGGACGACCACCCUUCCGACCGGUCGAUAUUCGCCUCCAAGUCCAUCCCGGUUGUCGAUCUCAACGACCCGAAUGCCCUCAAACUCAUAGGUCAUGCAUGCAAAACUUGGGGAGUUUUCCAAGUCACCAACCACGGCAUCUCCACCGAGCUCCUCGACGACAUUGAGAGCGCCGGCCGGAGCCUCUUCUCUCUUCCGCUUCAGCAGAAGCUUAAGGCGGCUCGUUCUCCCGACGGCGUCUCCGGCUAUGGCGUCGCUCGGAUUUCCUCCUUUUUCCCUAAGCUCAUGUGGUCCGAAGGCUUCACCAUCGUCGGCUCCCCGGUUGACCAUUUUCGUCAACUUUGGCCCCAAGACUACUCCAAAUUCUGUGAUGUAAUUGAAGAGUACGAGGCGGAGGUGAAAAGGCUGGCUGGGAGGCUGAUGUGGCUUAUGCUCGGCUCCCUAGGGAUAUCCAGGGCCGACAUCAAGUGGGCCGGCCCAAAAGGUAAUUUUAAAGGGGCCAGUGCUGCUCUACAACUAAAUUCCUACCCGGCUUGUCCGGAUCCGGAUCGGGCAAUGGGUCUGGCCGCCCACACCGAUUCGACCCUGCUCACAAUUCUAUAUCAGAACAGCACAAGUGGGUUGCAGGUGCUCCGGGAGGGGACCGGGUGGGUUACCGUUCCGCCUAUUCACGGGGCAUUCGUUGUCAACGUGGGUGACCUGCUCCACAUUUUGUCAAACGGGUUGUACCCUAGUGUCCUACACCGGGCGGUCGUAAACCGGACCCGGCACCGGCUGUCCAUUGCCUACCUUUAUGGGCCCCCAUCUAGUGUCAAAAUCUCACCGCUCCCAAGACUAGUAGGCCCAGGUCAACCCCCGCUCUACCGGCCGAUCACUUGGACCGAGUACCUUGGCACCAAGGCAAAGCAUUUCAACAAAGCACUUUCUUCUGUCCGGGUUUUUUCUCCUGUAAAUGGAUUGGCCGAUGUAACUGAUCAUAACACAGUAAAAGUUAACUAGUGAAAAUAUUUUUUCAAUUUAAAAAAA